AGCACUUUACGGCCGGUGAAAGCGGAGGAGAGCGCGGCGCACGGACAGACUGACUCCGGGAUUUUUAUGGACUUGUGCUUUCGUUUGGACUCUUGAUUAUCGCGUCUUUAAGAAAAACAAACUCUACAGUGAGCCGAGCAGGCUGCGCACUGCAUCACUCAGCGCGCGUUUCGCUCGUAUGGAUUUUAAUUUAAAAGAGACGCUCUUUUAUACUUCUGCACAGUAAAUUAUUAACCACGCGCGUCUCUACAGAUUCUCUGCUCAUCACUUUGAAGAAUAAGAGGCUGUGCCAAGACCCUCCCCUCGUGUUUCUGUCACUUCUAACUGGAGUGCUGCGUAAAAGCUUCUCCGCAGCUUUUUCUGCUUGUGGUUGUUGGAGUCGAAACCUCCUGGUGUCCUCGCGCCCAGCUGCCCGUGACUCACUUCACAACUGCAUAGAAGAUGUCUGCCCCAGAUGCCGCUGCCCCGGCCGCAGCACCCGGAGCUCCUGGAGCGCCCGGUGCAGAUGGAGCCCCGGGAGGAGGCCCUCCCGCCCCUCCCAACACCACCAGCAACCGCCGCCUGCAGCAAACACAGGCCCAAGUGGAGGAGGUGGUGGAUAUAAUGCGAGUGAAUGUGGACAAGGUUUUGGAAAGGGACCAGAAGCUUUCAGAGCUGGAUGACAGAGCAGACGCUCUCCAGGCCGGAGCCUCCCAAUUCGAAAGCUGCGCCGCCAAACUAAAGAACAAGUACUGGUGGAAGAACUGCAAGAUGAUGAUCAUGAUGGGGAUCAUUGGAGUCAUUGUAGUUGGCAUCAUAUUCUUGUACUUCUUCUACUGAGCUCGGCCGUCAAUACAGAUGGAUAUGGACUUAAGAAUGAUGCGAGGGGCAGAAAAAAAACAACCAAGCUUCUCAUUGAACUGCCUCUCCAUCAAAAACAUGCCCCAUCCCCUUUACAACAAUAGUGUUUAUGUGUCCCACUCCUCCACACUGACGUCUGUCCUGUCUCUGCACCUUAUGUAUUACCGAAGGACAUACCAGUCUGCGCCAAGAGGAAGGAGGGACACUGUAAAGUCUGGUCCGUAGAGCGAACAGUGUACAAUGUCCACACGGAAAUGAGUCUGCACCCGGGUCUGAUCAUAAGGACUUUCCGAGCGGCAUUCAUUUGUAAAUCCAACCAUUUCAGACUAACCUUUUGUCACAACCGUAGCUUUUGCCAACGACUAACAUUGUGUUCAACUUUACAAUUGUUUUGAUGGAUGCCAUAAGUGUAUUUGUGAUCCAGAAUAGGUAAUAUGCUUCACUUUUUUUGUUCAAACGAGUUAUUUUGUGGAUUCCAGUUUAGUUAGUGAUACAAAAGGAGCUCAGUAGCGUUUGAAAAUAAAAAUUAGUCCUGUAGAAAGCGA